UUUCAGAGCACUCCAAAUCAAUGCCAACAGCAUCCAUUUGAACCAAUCAUCUACAUAACACACCUGUACAUGAGCUCGGAGACUCGUGUGUACUAUCGCCUGAACAGAAUCUCUGUGUUUGGUGGUCGAAAAUCCCGUGAUUGAAUUUAGCUGCAUCAUUUGCUUUGCCCAAACCCGACACAGGACCCUAUCUUUGCAGCUAACCCGGUCUCCGUGGUUGCGAGUGCCAGGAUUUGUGAUCAUAUCUUGCUGUGUCAACACAUAGUACUAAAUUUCGACAUCGUCUAAAAUUGGUUACUUGUGGGACGUGCUGUGUCGCCUCUCAGGAGCUGUCCAUCUUUCCCCAGGACUGUGUUGCUAUCCCAAUUCUAGCGAAUCAAAAUGGAGGGCAAAUACUCGUCCGAUCCCGAAUGGGCUUCAAUCCAACCCAUCCCUCUCAACGAUGGCUCCGAAUCCGGUGCCCAGCCUCUGGCUACCAUUGCUUAUCCCCAAGCAUACCUCGAAGCCACCUCAUAUUUGCGCGCAGUAAUGGCCGCCAACGAGAUGUCUGAAAGGGCGUUGAAGCUGACUCAAGACAUCAUCGCAAUGAACCCCGCUCAUUAUACCGUAUGGAUUUACCGAGCAAAGAUUCUUUUUGCUUUAGGGAAAGACCUUCAGGACGAACUGGAAUGGUUGAACGGUGUAUCGCUCAAGUAUCUGAAGAACUAUCAGAUUUGGCACCAUCGCCAAGUCUUGGUAUCACGCGAGGACUUCUUCCCUACGCCUCCACACAAGGAAGCAGACUUCUUAAUGGAAAUGUUUGCGCAAGACUCCAAGAACUACCACGUGUGGACCUACCGCCAUUGGUUGGUGCGGCAUUUCAAGCUGUGGGAUGCUCCACGUGAAAUUCAGGAUGUGGAGGCUUUGUUGACCUCGGACGUUCGAAACAAUUCCGCCUGGAAUCACCGCUUUAUGCUUCGUUUUGGACCUCGUGACGGGGAGCCCGAUGCAGGGAUGCCAAAUAGUGACGGACCCCCCGCGGAGAAGGGCCGGCUGGCAGUGGUUGAUGAGGACGUAGUCGACGCCGAGUUGAAGUUCGCCCAGUCCAAAAUCGUCCGGGCGCCAGAGAAUCGCAGUCCAUGGUCUUACGCGAGGGGUGUGCUGCGCGCUGCAGGCCGACCCCUGGCGGAGUGGAAGGACUUUGCUGGAAAGUUUGUGACGGAAAAGCACGACGACUUCGAGGUGAAGAGCAGCCAUGCCAUAGAAUGGCUCGCUGAUGUGCUUGCAGAGGAAACGGAGCCAACGUCAGGCCAGAAAGCGGUUCAAAUGCUCACAUUGCUAAAGGAGAAGUAUGAUCCCAUUCGGAGAAACUACUGGGAUUAUCGGAUUCGAUCUAUCACAGGACCAGAGGCGACGAUUUCGGCAUGAUUGUGAAUUCUGAUUUAGGCUCAGCCAUUCCAAUUGCAUUGCAUGUACCCAGUGAAACUCAAGUAUACACUUAGUUUUAUCGCAACUCUUCCGCAUUUCCGAUAGAGCAGAGCGAUAAGAAAUGUAAUCCUUAUCGGGGGCGGU